AUGGAAAACCAUAACACAUCUCCUACAAACAAUGUGUCCAAAGAUAAUUUAAUUAGUGCUAAUCAUAUAAAUGAGCUCCCAAUUAGUGCUGUGUUUAGUAAUAAGAACAGUAAUGGUGAUCAAAUUAUGUCUACUGAAGAUGUUGAAGCUUUGAUGAAAAAAUUUCCUCCAGGUUUUCGAUUUUAUCCUACGGAUUAUGAGCUAAUUAAGUAUUAUUUGGAGAGGAAGCUUGCUAAUUUGCCUUUGCAACCUAACAAGAUUUAUGAGAUGAAUAUUUAUAAGUAUGAUCCUGACACGAUUGCUGCAUAUCUUAAGCCAACGACAGCAGAGAACGUAUGGUAUGUAUUUACUCCAAGAGAUCGGAAGUAUCCAAAUGGUGAAAGACCAGAUAGAUGUACUGGGAAUGGGUAUUGGAAAGCUACUGGAGCAGAUAUAAGUAUAAAUGAUAAAAAUAGUAAAAUUGGAUCGAGAAGAGCUUUAGUUUACCACAUUGGAAAGCCUCCAAAAGGAAAAAAAACUGAUUGGAUUAUGCAUGAAUAUAUGAUUCCUAAAAUUCCAAUUCCAAAUAGUUCUACACCCAGAAAUCCCAAGUUGGAUGAAUGGGUUUUGUGUAGGUUCUACAAUAAAAAUGAUGUAAUUACCACUAGGUCCACCAGAAGAAAGAGAAAGAGGGGAGAUGAUGAUCCAUUUAUUGAUGAAGUUCAUGAGGACUCUACUGGAAACGACCUCACCACAAACUUCAAUAACAACGACAAUCAUGCAAUUAUGUUUCCCGAGGGUACAUAUUAA